UCAAAUCAAGCAUAUUCACAAUAUCAACAUGGUUCCACCUCAAAGUCAGUCAACACAAGUACCUAGGUAUCCUAACCAAGCACCUCUGCUCAAUAAGCAACAAGUUACUUUAGAAGGUAAUAGUACAUCACCGGACCAGUAUCAGAAUGUAAGUCAACAGCAAGCUUCCCAUCACAUCAUUCAACCACUUAAUGGAAAUUUAACUUCUUUGUCAGAUACAUAUCAGAUGUCAAGUCAGCAACCUGUAUUGCAGAACUUUGCAUCUUCUGCAUCAAUACAAAAUCAACAAACAAUCAUAACAUCUCAGCAUUCAUAUUCCCAAAAUGUGCAAAACAUGCCUGCUUUGCAAAAUCAAUCUCAAAGUCCUCAAAAAAUUGUGCCUCCACAACAAAUUCAAACGCAGCUUUCAAAUAUGAACUCUCAGCAACUUAAUCAAGCUACCGUAUUUACCCAUCAAGGACACCCUCAGAGUCCACAGAAGGAGAGAGUUCUGUCACCUCAGCAAUCUGUUAAACCUGCAGUUCAGUAUCAGGGUUUUCAAGAUGUGAAUAUUCAGAACAAUCAAACAUAUCAGAAUUAUCAAGACAUGCAACAUAUGUAUGUUCAACCACAGCUUCAAGCUGCUGUUACUCCAGGACCCAAUAAACAAUGUAGUCCUGGUGAAAUUGGGGACUUGCAUGAUAAAGAGUCAUUUGAUAGAGCAGCUGGCAGCCAACUGAAACAAGAUGCAGUGUCACGACAGCCAUCAGUUGAAUCCGAUGGAUUGACAGCAGAAGUUGCAGAAGAAUUAAACUUAAUACCUACUGAUGGCAUUUCAUCAGAUAUCUUACCAGAUGCUUCUCACUUACCACUUGGUGCAAAUAUCCAAAAUAACGUUACACAGCAUACUUCAGACCAUUCAGGACAGAAAUAUAUUUUUGUUCCGGGUGUACAGCAAGCUAUGAAUGUGGAUAGUCAAACAGUUUUACCAGUACAAAAUCAAGGACCUAUGCAAGUGUCACAGAGCCACUUGGGAGGUCAACCUCAACCUCAUCUGGAUCCAAACUUCUCUAGUGUUGGAUUAUCUGGAAAACCUCUAGUAGGUUUUUCUGCUUCCUUUUGUCAUGCCUCUGUGGGACAAGAUACAAGCCUUUAUGCACAGCAUUAUCAGAAUUAUCCUUAUUCUUAUACUUCCAAAAAUUCAACCAGCAUAUGGAACACUGCAUCUACUGCUUCGGUCUCUAAGAGUUCUUUGAGUAAUUGUUUUUUCCCCCCAAAUGCAAAUAAUAUGCCUCAAAGGGGUAGUAGUAUUAAUUCUCAAAAUGAUGGGUCUAAGUCUCCUGUUUUUAUUAUUAUGCAGCCUCCAGGAAAUGUUAAUUGUUCUCAAUAUCACGUUAUAAAUUGGAGUAAUGAUGCCAUUUUGUACAGUUCCUGUGAUUCAUCAGUGACAUCAAGUACUCCUUAUUAUCAUAGAGUCCAUGGUGACACAGGUCCAUGUUCUGUUAGAUCUUUACCAACAUCUAAUCUUUGCAUUCCAUCAGUUCAGCCGCAUAGUAAUUCAAGUGUGUGUUCACUUCCCCAUAACAUCCCCAACACUGAUUCAGUACUAGUGAACACGAGCAAAUAUUCCAAAUUUGUUACACCUGUUGGCAGUAGAUCUGUGUCUCCUGUUUCUCAGUAUUCUUUUAGGCUUGAAAAUGAUUCUCCAAUACCCACCCCUCCUCCACAAAUAAUAUCGUCCCCUCCAAAUUUAACUCCACAUUUGUUACAUCCUGAAUCGAGAGUUGGAAUUCCAGUUAUUUUAUCCCCUAAACAUUCACCUCCAUCUACUCCAUUGCAUGUUAAUUCUAGAUCAGCAACUCCUAUUGCAAAUGCGAUUUUAGACCACUCAUCACAAUCAGGUUUUUUAAAUACUGGUGUGCAAAAUAUUUGUAAUCAACCAUCAUUGUUAAAUAAUAAUUGUCCUCAGUUAUUAAACCCUUCAAGUCAGCUUUAUCGCUCCAGAUCAAAAACAUUUGGAGGGACGGGUGUUAUUCCGCAAAAUCCUAGGCAGAUUUUAACUUCUCAGCAUUCUGAUCCCAGGCACAAUUUAUCAUCAGUUCCAUUUUCAGUGUUGAACCAUCUGUCUCUCCCACAGAAUUCCAGUUUGAAUGAUUCUUAUCGAAACAGUUUCACAGUUAUUCCAUUUGAGAGAUCUGGUGGACAUUCUCAUAUUCAUUUGCCAGAUAGUGGACCAUUUGUGGCUUAUCCUUCCUCUUCUCAUUUGUUUAUGUCAUUGGCUGUAGAAAAAAGUCAUAAAUUGAAUUCCCCAUUGGAAAAUAUUUCCCAGAAUCCUCCAUUUGCCAAAAAUUGUAAAGUUGAGGAAUCACAUUACAUGUAUAGUUACCCUUCUGUGCCGUAUAGCACUACUGUACAUAGACAACAGAAAGCAUCUGUGGACAGCACUAUCUACAGACCAGGGGCCAGCCAUCUUACUACAGUUUCUUCUCCUGAUUCAAGUCAUGAGCAACACUUCAGUCCUGUAGGUUUCAGAACUGUUUCCAGCUCCUAUAAUGCCUCUCAAGUCGAUCAAGUCAAGGAGAUAUUAGAAAAUGUGUCACUUGUGCCACGUGUGGAUUCUAGUGGUUCUCUGCCUGCACUUUCUGAUGAUUCCAAGAGUGGAAACAUUCCCGUCGCAGAAAGUGGGACUGAUCUGGAUCAUACAGUUGAAGGUGCAAAACAUCAGAAAUUCAAUGAGAAGAAAAAAAUGAAGCGUCGUAGAACUCAGGAUCGCUCUCCCAAAUUAACUGUUAUAGGUGUUGAAGAUACUAUGGUCGAAUGUCAGUUGGAAUCAACUAAAGGCAAAACUGUGACUUUCAAGUUUGAUUAUACCGAUACUAGUCCUGAAGAAAUUGCUAAUAAAUUGAUAAUAACUAAUUUACUUGCUGAAAAUCAUGCUGAAAUAUUCACUGAUUUCAUACAAGAAGUCAUUCGUCAACUAAAGGAGAAUCCAGAGAGGAUACCUGUCAUACAAUAUUUGGAAUCGGUAUCAGGAAAUUGCAGUCCUCCUACAAUGAGGAAACAGACAUUUAGAGAACAUUUAGAGCUUGAAAAGAAUUUGAGCAUGGAUAGUCAGGAUAGCAGUCUGCCUUCAACUCCACAAGAUCAAGAGAAGGAGUGGUCUCCUAAAAAACAGGGAUCUCCAUCAAGAUUAGCAAAAUCUUCUGCACAGAGUGACACAGCUACUUCGCGUGUUGCCUUACCUUCUGCUAAUACAGCCCUUACAGAUUCUCAGGCUGUGCAUUCAGCUUCAGAUCAUAAAACAAGUGACACUCAAGAAAAAUCAGAUAUGUCUGUUGUUACUAUACCUUUAAGCAAACUGACUCCUGGGCAUCAAGGAAAUGCACUGGUGAAUGUACCUGUGAGUCACACAUCUCCUGACAUACCUGUUGUAGCAUCUGAAACUCAGUCUUCCAUCCUUACUAAAAUGCCUGACACUCCACAACUUGGUAAUCAAAGUGUUAUGUCUGCAUGUCAGUUAAUGUCUGACCAGGCAAAAAGAGUUCAAGAUUUAAGUAGUAGCAGUAGCAGCGGUGGAAGUACUCAGCAUUCCCAACAGCAGAGGCCAGUAGUUCCUGAUUUGAGUAGCUUACAGUUGAAAUUAGCUCAGUUGACUUCUACAAGUUGCAGCAUGGCAAAUGAUGCAGGUUUAUGUAGUGCAAGCAAUAUACAAGGCUCUGUACAAAGCAUUCCUCAGGUGAGAUUACCAAGUGAGAUGAGGUCAAUGAGACAUACAUGUUCUGUUCCCUCCAUAACACCGAGAAAUAGAGGGGAUGUUGAGCAAAUUACCGGUGAAAUUUCUGCUGCAGCUACAUCUGUUCAGUUGCAAAUAACAUCUGCUCAUACUUGUUCUAUUGUUACUCCUGUACCUGUACCAGUGGUAACUGUUCAGUCUCAAGCUACAAAAUUAUCCUUGCAACCCACUGAAAAUAUAUCUUCUCGUCGACAUACUGUUGCCACUAAUAUUGAAGGCCUGAAGCUGGAACUUCAAAAAAUUCAUACACCAUUGGUACCUUCUGUUAAUUUGAAGAGUAAUAUUGAACAAGGCCUUCAAGCAAUAUUUUCUAUUAGUUCCACUGCUCAUACUGUAACGACACCAGCCCAUUCUACAUCAUAUAACCACACUCAUCAGUUGUUGUCUUCUUCAACUCCCUCACUAAGUACUCCUACUGAGGGUUGUACUACAGCAAGUAAAACUCCUGCAAUACAGCCAUUUGCUGAAAACAGCAUGCAAAAAACUUUUGGCUGUGACAGCUGUGCUGAUGUUGUUAUCCCUGACACAUCAAGUGUACCUGCUUUCUCUCGUUUUAAAGUGACACCUGUAAUUGAAAGUCAGCCAAUGAUGAUUUCUUCUGUUUCUGAAUCUGUUAAUAAUUCAAUUUCUGCAGUAGUAACUACUGAGGCUACUGUGAAAAAACAAGGGCGUUUUCAGAUUACACGUGUUGCUGAUGAAAUAGCUACUACUACUGGCUUGGCGCAAGCUUCUGUACAUGAAGUUCUUAAAAAAGAUUCGCAGAUUAUGGAAGGUACUUGCAGUUCAAAUGCAAAUGUGUCAUCUAGCAUUGUGUCUUCCCAAGAGCAAAAGUCACUGGAAAUUUCUCAACAAAAUAGUUUGCUUCAGCAUUCCUGUAGUAAUCCUGCUCUUGGGUCUUCUGGUACUGAAAUGAUUACUCGUGUUGUACAUCCACCUGAAAUGCUCUUGAUUCGAAGCAUUUCUGAUAAUAUUGUAUCUGAAGAGCAGUCUAUUAAAGAUAAUGAUACAAAAAAUACCUUCAGUAUUGAAAACAAUGCAUCAAAUAUCUCUCUUCCGCAAUCAAAUAUAAUAUGUCCUGCACAAAAUAGAGAAAUAAAUAGAAUUACAGCUCAUGGUACUAGUGAAGAGUCAAAGACCUUUCAGAGUGAAGACUGUGAAAAGCAACUUCUUGGGGCAAAUGAGCUGAAAGAUUUAAAUCAGAGUUUAUCUGAUAUUGGAAAGUCUUAUCCCCAAGUAAUUUCAGAUUCUGGUCAAAGUAUAAUGUGCAAUGAUUUAGGUAAGACAGCUGAUUCCAAGGCUUUGAUAACAAGGCAUGAGCCACCUUCUGCUUUUGAUUGCAUAAAUGUGCCUAUGUCAGAAUAUGUAUCUCCUUUGAGAUACUGCCCUAGUCUUUCAAAUACCAGUGAUUUAAAUGUUACCCUAAGUGGUAUACAAAUACCUGCAGAUGUAGUAUCUGGUGGUCAUAGCACUCAGAAUAUUUUCUGUACUGUAGAUACAUGUAGCUCCGUUGCUUCAGGAUAUUCUGGAGCUAACCAGUUUCCUGUUUUACCACAUCCCCACAUCACUAAUUCUCACAAUAUUACUUGUGCAAAAAUGCAGGAGAUUCCUCCAUUAUGUGCUAAUUUAGAGGAAAUCAGUCUAAUUCAACAACCAGUUUUUAAGGAUGCUAAUGCAAAUCCUUUGCAUUCAGCUUUGGAAAGAGGGGAAAAUAUACAACCAUCUCAUUCUGAACUGGAAAGUAAAACACUUGAAAUUUUGGAAUGUAAUGAUGAAUACUUGAAAGUAAUUUUAGAAAGACAAGAACAAGAAAGGCAAGAACUAUUUAGACGCCAUCAACAAGAACUUUACUCUUACAAAAUGCAUCAUUUACGAGCUCAUUAUGGAGGAAAGUGCUGCUUUCAUGGGAAAAAUUAUCAAAGUAAUGUUGCAAAUAUUCAGACAGGAAGUGUUCCAUUCUCAGGCUUUGCUUAUCAUUUACCAGUUUCUAAAGACCAGAGUUCUCAAGAAUGCAGUAUUAAUAUGCCACUGAACCAAAACUCUCAUGUUAAUCAAGUUGGAAUAGUUGCUUGUGAACCGCAGCAUGCAUCUUAUUUACGACCCUCUGAUUUGCAUCAAAAUACCAAAAUAGUUCCGAUGGCUGAAAUGAUACCACCUGUUGAUUCAAGUAUGCGAAAGCAAAGUGAUUUUGGUGUUUGCAUGAGUGAACCAUGUAUCAGAGAAACAUUCAAUCACCUCCAUUAUGCUAAAGAUCCAACUGUUCAACAAACACUGAGGAAUGAUUUAAAUGAGAUCUGCUCUCUUCCUGUAGGCCAACCUAUUGGAGGGCUUUCAACUGCAAGUAUUUCUGAUUUUUCAAUAACUAAUGUUGCUAUGCCACAGAUGCAGAUUCAUGAUGUGCAUACUAACCAAAAUAUGACAGCCUUAAGUAACAAAACUGCAGUGCAGAGGUCAGUUGAGGCAGCUCCACAUUCUUCACCACAAACUGUUCGCCGCAUUAUUAAUGCAACUUCUGCUAUUAAUGUCAACCCUGAAUUUCAUCAGGUGAUGUCUCAUAUUGCCUCACCAGUAUCAGUGCCACAAAUUUUAUCUGCUAAUACUUCUUCUAAUGUCCAUUCACAAGUAUUAAAUGUUUCGCUGCCAUAUUCACCCAGUUCAGAUGAUAUUGUCAGUUCACCUUCCAAGCACUGUUUUUCACGUUCUAAUAGUUAAUAAGCUAAUAUGUUCUAUGUGCUUCAAAAACAUGCCUUCUAAUUACAUGUUUUUAUGGGGUAUUGAGGGUAUUAUUUCAUUUUAUGACUGACAGUUUUACUUCCUGGUGGAUUAAGUCUUAUCUUUCUAUAAUUUGUUCCUUUACUUAUCAACAUAGCAUUUUAACCCUUUUCUAUUUUUACUUCAGCAUCUUAUUUUGUUUCUAGAAAAGAAGAGAAAUGUUUCACUGACAGUAGAUUUGCAAAUCUUCCAUCAGAUUUAUUUAUGCGUUUUCAGUAAUACUUAUUAAUAAGAACGUUUUAUUUACAAAUUUCAAGAUUUCAGCAGUAUUCACAUUUUAGAGCUUUUUAAAUGAUGAAACCGAAUUUAAGGAAUUUUUCUUUACAUUAAUUCUUUCAAUGUAAAUUAUUAAUAUCAGUUGCUUGCAAAUGCUUAGUCAGUACCUCAGUUCUAACUUAAAACCAAAUUUAAGUUGCUUUUCAGUUGACUGUCAUUUAAUAAUUAAUGAUUACAUGGUGCUUCAGUUGUUCUCUUGUAAUUGUUUAUCUAAUUAAUUUUUAGGUAGCUGUUCCUUUGUAUGAUUAUUUUUCAUAAUUUGUUAUGAAAGGCUCUAACCCUUGAAGCCAUGAUUAAUCUUCAUUUUAAAUAGUGUGUAGAUCAUUAAGAGAUAUUCUUUAAGAGGUUACCUUUUCAAACUGUAUUAGUAUAAUCUGAUUAAUAUCAGUAUUUGCUUUGAGCUCUAGUGUUUUUUUUUUUUUUUCAAAAUAAUUAAGAAUAUUAAUUGAACUGUUUGCGGAUUUUGUAGAAUGGAAAGCUAGUUUUAUUGUUGUAGAAGCCUGUGAUUUUUUUUAAAUUUUAUUUUAGAGGUUUAGGCAAUAUUUUACGUAUAGAUGUAGAGAUUAUGAUGUUACCUAUUUUUUGAUGGAGUACUAUGAUUUAUAAUUUUUAUAUUUUUAAAGACUUGCAUAGUAAUAACUCUGUUAGUAACAAAAUUUUAAUUUAUUUGAAGCUUUGUUGAAUUUCUUUAAUGAAUUUAUAAAAAUGUUGUAUCCAUAAUUUAGGUAUUUUAAGCAAUUCUGUUGUACUUUGCUAACUAAAUGACAUUUUGAGGAAAAACUUAUGUCCCUCUUUUUUGUCUGUGACUUCUCUUAAAUAUAGGCAUAAAUUUUAAGUGUUUUGGAUUGUGCUGGAACUGCUUUGUUUAAUCCAUGUUGUAUGGUGUUCCUAAAAAUCAAACCUACUUUUUCAGUGUAAAAUAAUGUUUUGCAUUGUUUCAGGAUUUAAUUAGGUAAAUGAACUAUGUAUUUUGCACAUUACUUUUAUGUACAGUUUAAAGAGCUUGAUAGCAGUCUGCCAAUCAUAGAAAUGUCUUUCGUGUGUUUGUAUAUAACUUAGAGAUUUUCUGCAUUAUAGGAUAAUGGUUUGAAUGAAGCACAGGGAAUGAGAAAUAUCUUUUGUUAGCUUUUUACCUUUGAUUGCAUGAAGUAAUGUGAUAUUUUUAAAUGGCCAGGUAGAUCCUUUUAUCAGAACAAAAUUUUUUCAUGCAUUUGGAAUCUAUCUAAAUUAUAUUAAAAUUUUUGCUUUAUAAGAUGGUAGGAAUUUCAUUCUUAAAGUUGUCCAUUCAUGUAGCAUAAAGAGUAUAAAUAUUAAUUUGAUUCAUUAUCUUAUGUAUGUAAAUUGCUUUGUACCUAGGAUUUAAAUCAACUGGUUCUGUGAUAGUUUAUAUAUGCUAACUUGUAAAGGUUUUGUAAUAAAUCUGUUGCAAAAAAGCCAGCUACUGUGAGAGUUUGCCACUUUGUGUAUAUAUUAGCAUGUACAUUAUAAGAAUUUUGAAGCAACUGUGAAAAUAUUUUCCUCUGACAUGGGUUUUGCUCAAUAAAAUUUGAUUUGCUGUAUGAA